AUUUAUGCACGGCACUACUUUGACGUUUGUUAGUUGUUAGCAUAUAUGAUCUGUCUGCUUUAUUUCAUUACAAGUAAAAAGCCUUAUAUGCCCAUCCUACGAAGGAAACCAGUCUUCAACAAAGCAGGAUGAUAUUCCAUCCAAUACAUUAUUCAGUAACGAUCAUGAGAUCACCUACUCAUGGUCUUGGUUUAGGCAUUUCUGGUGUACGAUCUUCUAGGAACUCAAAAACAAAAUUCAUAGUUUCAAACGUUAUAACAAACGGCCCAGCCUAUGAAAAGGUCAGCAAAAACGAUGAACUGGUUAGUGUUAAUGGAAUAAAUUUGGAUUGCCUGAGAUAUUCUGAAGCCAUCCAGAUUCUGCGUGAAUGCGGUGAUGAAGCUGAGUUGAAGCUGUUAAGUCGCAAAGGACAGGUCAACUACCACAAUUUGCCACUUGCUUCAGAAAAAGACUGCAUUAUGCAACAAUCAAAAUUUCCAUCUUUGAGAGAACCUUACAGUAACUGUGAAUGUUUGCAAAACUAUCAAAAUCACUGUAUGCAGCCGAUGAAAUAUUGCAGCGAUACCGCUUUAUGGAAUCCCAAUUCUACUUCCUACGAAAACUGUCCAAGACUGAUAGAAAUACAUCUCAAAAGAAGGAACGCGGCUGAAAGUUUGGGUGUAGAACUUUUGAGUCGUUUGACGGUGGCUUCUGUUGAUGAAAAUAGUUUGGGGGAACAGGCUGGUCUCAAAUCCGGUGAUCGUAUUAUAAGACUAAAUGGAAUAAACACUGCUCAUUUAAGUCUCAUUGAUACCGCGAACAUGUUACGUCGUCAAGAAACCGUGCUUUUGGUAGCCAGGGAUACUUUAACGAAACAAAAUCAUGUUUAUGAUAAUUUUGGUACAACACCUUUAGUAAAUUCAUCAAGUGUUCCAGCCAAUCUUUCUAGUUUGUUAACUCACCAGCUUGGAAAUGAGAAAAGACAGUAUCAAGUAUCACAACCGAUGCAUUCUAAUAAAUCUUCGAACGAACAAAUAAGGACAAUGCAUUUUGAACAAGCAUAUCAGAGUGGAUAUCACACUUAUGAAAAUUGUGAAGGCUGUCAAAGUAUGUGUGAAGUUCACAAUAGUAACAUUGAGAAUCCAUUUGUCAAAAAUUCUAACAAUUGGAUGCAAUCUCAAAUGAAUACUUCCAAUAUUUGUAAAAAUCCAAUUCAACACAACUGUAUACAACAUAAUGUAUCCAACAUAAAAAAGAAUGAACUUUUAGAAUCAAAUCCAAAUAUAAAACCACAUAAUAUGUCAAAUAUCCAUUCACGAGAAUUAAAUGGUCAGCAUUGUUCAAAUUUCUUGAAAGAAGACAAAGAACAACUGUUGAAUAUGUUUAACUCACCUAAAAAUAUAAAAGUAACACUUCAACUAAACCAGGGUAAAUGUGAUAUUGGCUUGAUACUGUAUGGAGGUAAUACAAAAGGAGUGUAUGUAAGCAAAGUGAUUCCUGAUUCUAUAGCUGACCAAGCAGGAAUUAAUGAGGGUGACAAACUAGUAAAAUUAAAUGGUACAGAUCUAAAAGGAUGGACUAAAGAGGAAGUAUUUCUUGCUCUUAUGGCUAGUGAGAACAAAAUGAUACUUGAACUACUCCGUGAUCCGUCGUCAUAUCAUAAGAUGCUUAAAAGCGAAAUUCCUCAUGAAAGCUUCUAUGUAAGAGCUUAUUUUAAUAUGAAUCAAUAUAUUUCUGGUUCGUCUGCACUACUGUCAUCUGUUAAAUAUUCUGGUCUUUUUAUAGUAAAAGGGGAUAUAUUUCAUGUUCAUGAUACCCUAUUGGAUAAUGCACUUGGAACGUGGCUGGCAACAAAGGUUUAUCCGAAUACCAGUAGUAUUGGUCUUAUACCAAACGAACAAAGAGCGCAACGUUUUAUUUCAACUAAUCAGUUUCAGGAGAAUCCUCACGAAUCAUUUUCUCCCCCACCAUAUGAAAGAGUUAUACAACUGGAUAAAUUUCCUUUCCCUCGGCCAGUUGUAAUUUUUGGUCCAUUAUGUGAAUUGGCACGGCAACGUCUCACACAAAUGUCAUCCAUAAUACCAACUAAACUGGAUUAUUCCAUUGAAGAACCGAUUAAAUUCAUUAUUCCACCGAUUAGUUCAUCUUUUACAUCUAACAAUAUCACUAAUAGUAAUAACGGCUAUUCAAUAAAUGAAGAAAAUAGUAACAAUAAUAAACCAUUAGGUUUGAUAAGAUUGAGUGCAAUAAAUGAGUGCAUGAAAAGAGGUUACCAUUGCCUUCUGGAUAUUGGCCCAACAGCUAUUGAACGGCUUACCCUUCUCGGAAUCCCUCCAAUAGUGAUAUUAAUUAAUCCAUCAUCUGAGUAUCAACUAAAAGUUUUAUUAAAACACUAUUGGCAAUUUAACAAAACAUCAAGUGCUUUAUUCAUACCAUCAAGAGUAUCCAGUCGUACACGUCCUACAAUCAAAGAGAUGGUUACAACUCUAUGGAAUUCUGUAAUUUAUUUACGUCAAUAUAAAUCACAUGUUAUAACCGAUACUGUGCCACUGUUAAACAUUACUUCAAAGGAAAAUUCUUUUUCAGAAAUUGAGUGGUUACGAAAUUUAUCUGAAGUUAUAAGACAUCAGCAAAACUCACCGGUAUGGAUUGGUGAGGAAUCAGAAAUCGGUCAAUUAAAAAUCAAUGAGUUAAUUGAUGAAGAACAAGAAGGAGGCGAUGACGUCGUUACAAUGAGUGAUCCAGAAACACCGAGACCACCAAAUUAUAAUGACAAUAUUUGCAGUGAGGGAGAGGAAAUAAGACACUCAUCUCAUAAUACCAAAGAAACAAGGCUGGAAAUGAAUGAUUUGAUCAGAAAUGAUGUUAGUUCAACAGUACCCGAAGACAAGAAGUACAUCCCUCCAUUUCGUCAUGUACCGGUGUGUCAUGCAAAUGAAGUGAUUGAAAAUACCAAUAAAGACACAUCAUUUAAAUCAAAAACUAAAGAUUACUAUGGUUGUACAUGUAAUUUUGAUAAUGCGAAUCCCACGAUUCAAGAAGAAACUAAAUUCAAAGAAAUAAGUGAACAAACAGGUGGUAGAGUAUUAUUAUUAUUAUAAUCAUUGCACAUGAUCUUAAUUAUGACUUCAAACUGCAAAAAUGUGAUUUAAGUAAGGAUUUUAGACAAAGAGGAGACUACCUUUCAUUUUAACGAAAUAUUAGUCAUGGUCUGUUGGUCUAUAUCAAAUAUCUUUCAAUUUAACAUUUAACAGUUUGUGACCGAGCACAUGUUUGUACCCUGUGAUGUACCCUGUCGUUUUCUCUAAUUAGAACUAGCAAUAUUACGUGGUCUUACUCGACAAAGUACUUAGGAUCAGCUUCUGAAUUAUUUCUUAGAGUGAUCUCUUACUUAACAUCCCAGCACUAAACUUCCUCGCCGUGAAACUUAAAGUUCUCCCGUUUCAUUCGAUAUCGAUGAGAGUUCCCAAAAUAGGAUAAAACUAACUAAUGCUUUCUGAAUUGUCACACAGUAGCCUAAAAGAUAACAUCCCAGUGUUUGAAGAGGUUUGCACUCGAGUUAAACUCUCAGAAAGAAAUCCAUUUAAAAUUCCGCUUCCAAUGUAAAUUCAAAAUCACUAUGAUUUUUGUUUUUAUGGUACACAAUUUAAAUUACAUGAAAGUGACAAGAAUGAACAGUUAAUGUGUAACACCUUGCUAACUUUAAAAAAAAAUUAAUUUCACAUGUUUAUUUGGUCACGACUUUUCAAUAUUCUCCUGGUAUGAAUGGCCAGUAAAUGUGAUUGUGAUCAUUAUUAUUAGACUAAUAGGACAAACUAAAAAAUCCGAAUAAACCUGAAUAAUUAGUAUGGAAUGUCUGUUUCUACAAGUGAUACCCUUGCAAUAUAUACAACUACUUUAGCUAACCUCACAAACUUCUUUUGUGUAUGAAUAGUAUAUUGACUGUCCACACGAAUGCUUUGCUGGUUAGCGAUUUCAACAUCACUGACAUCACAUUUAUUAAAUAGUUACAAGAUAACAAAGAUCAUUUGUGUUGAGCUUUGAAAGUUCCAUAGAAAAGCAUUUUCUAAGGAAACUAACCCAGUAUGUUACAUUCAAGGAGCUAUUCGUUGUGAUUCGUAGGGAAAAUUACAAAUUGUUCGUAGAAACACAAUGCAUCGAAUGUCCGAUAUGCACUGUCACUUGACUGAAAUAUUAAUAUAUUGUGUCUUGUAUGUGGUUGACACAUCGAUUCGGUGGUAUAGGCCAGGUUAACUGAGUCGUGAUUGAUCGAUAAACUGCCUUUUUAUUUACCUAAUUUAAUGUUAUCAAAACAGCCUUGACGUCUAGUGGGGGAUGGGCCUAUUUAUAAACGUAUGAUACAAAACAAAUUACUGUAUAACCGAUACAGGUUUCCUUCCUUUUAAUUUAUUAUUGUUUCAAAUACAGUUUGUGUCGUUCAGAUAAUGUUUUUCUACUCACCAAUGGAACAAGUUCCUUGGGUCGAAAUUCAAACCUCAGGUUAAAACACGUGACACGGUUAAUUACUAAGAUCACUGGAUUCAAGCUUACGUGAUCAUGUGUGUUAUGAAGAAAUCUAGUUUGCGAAAUAUUUUUUAACUGAUUCAUAUAUUUUGUAAAAUCAAUUAUGACCAGUAAUUAACAGGAAGUAAUCGGUACUAACAUCUUAGUUCCUCAAUCGACCCAGUGAUUCAUUAAUAAACUUAAUUUAUUAGCUUUUAAUUAACUAUUUAACUUCCCUUUAACCCUACCUUUCAAACGGAACAUGAUAUCUUCCCUCAAAUCUCAGUAAACAUACAAAUCGAUUCAGCAUCAUUAUCAAUGUCAAGUUGAUGAAGACCAUAAAGUACCAGUUUUCGACCGAUAAUCCCCUACUGAAUUAAUAUUAUUCGGCUAAACCAAUUUUUUGCCAGGUUCUCCAAUUGAGAUGGUCAGAAACCACACCUUUAAUCAAUUGUUGAGGAAUACCGAUAGCUCACUCACUUCUUUAAAGUUUCAACUGAUAAUGCUAUUUAAAAAGUUUUGCAAUCAGACCAUUCAGCCUAGAGAAUACAAAUUCGUUAAAAUCAUUCUCUUGAACUACAAACAUUCCCCACAAACUCUAAGCUGAAUCAUCUGUUUCUUCAUUCUUAUUUAAAUUAUUACUUAACCAAGAUUUUCUUGAUAAAUUAAUCAUCAUUCAGUAUGUAAGAUAAGAUUAAUUUAUUUUAAUUUUUUUUCUCUUCCACAAACAAUUAGAUAUUUUAUCCAUGAACAUUUCGCCAUUUUCAUUAGAAACACUAAGGCUACAUAUUGAAUCAAUGUCAGUAAAACAUCCACGAUUUGAUCAAUCCUUUGAUGAAAAUAAACCUGGUUUUAGUAAUAUCCACCCAAUCAAUGAAUUAGAACCAAAUGACGGUCAAACUCCGACAAUCAGCCCAACUCUUUCUUUACACCAACUAGUUUUUGAUGAUAUUACAUCUUCAGAUCUCCAUACAAAUGAUGAACAAAAGCCUUCAUCAGCAGAUUUAAUUAGUAAUGUAGCUGAUCCUCAAUCUGGCAUUUCAUCACUUCCUACAUCACCAAGAACAAUAUUAGCCGAAAAGUGUGGGGAGUUCGGCUCACAGGGUGGAAUUUUGGAAAUACCUGAACACAAUGUCUGUUUGAGGAUUCCCGAAGGAGCUAUUUCUGAGGAGGAAGGUCUGCAAAAAAUAUUUAUUAGGGUUUAUGAAAGCGAAAAUGAAUUGCUCAUAGAUAAUUUACCAUGUGAAACACAUCAAUCAUCUGACAAACCUAUAUUGGUCAGUCCAAUGGUUAUGUGUGGUCCUAGAGGUUUAACAUUUCAUAAACCUGUUGAACUUACUGUCCCAAGAUAUCCUCUAGACUCAGAAUCUAGUGAUGAAUCCGAAACAAAACUUAAUAAACAUUUAGAAAAAUGGAAUUUAUCUUUAUUACAUGCUUCAGCUAUUUCUACUUCAACAUCAACUGAUGAUGAUUCUUUACCAAGAACUUCACGUUCAAAUGAACCAACAAAAUGGCAUGAAAUACCUUUAAGUGCUAAAUGUCAAUCAUCUGUGAAAAACAAAACUAAUUCUCAAAAACAAAAACAUAACACUAAUCAAGGAAUUCUUUCCAUUAUUAAAGACUCUCAUAUUUCAAUUUUAAUUGAUCAUUUCUAAUUUGUUUUAACAUUCCUAAAUAGUCUCCUUUAAAUGUUUAAAUACGAAAAUCAGUGGAUAAACCCAUGAAAAUAUAAUGCAGAAAUUUGUCACUUAUUAUGUAAAGAGAGCAAGAACAAAGAUUAGUGCAGAAUAAUAUGAAUUCAUUUUAUUUCGUCAGGUUCUCAUCAGCUGUUUACAACCUAAAAUAUUUGAGAAUCAGCAUUAUUACAGAUAUUGACAUACUUAUACAUAAGAGGGUGAUUAAGGAUGAAUAAAUGUAUCAUGGUGUAGCGAAGAUUCCGACAGAGUUAAUGAGGUCAUAAAAUUUUGUCUCGAAUAAAUAGAGUUUGAGAGGGAAGGUUCCGGAACAUUGAAAUAGGGGUUAUUGUUACCAUUUAUUUCAUUUAUUUCUCUAUUUAUUUAUUGCGUCUUUAUUCCAACCCUUUUAAAUUGCAUCAUACAUAACUGACUGAUUUCAAUUCAUAUUUUCUUUAUUACCAUUAAUCUAUCUUCAUGAGUUCUAAUCACUAUUUCAAUGUUCCAGAACUUUCCCUCUCAAACUCUAUUUAUUCGAGACAAAAUUUUAUGACCUCAUUAACUCUGUCGGAAUCUUCGCUACACCAUGAUACAUUUAUUCAUCCUUAAUCACCCUCUUAUGUUUAAGUAUGUCAAUAUCUGUAAUAAUGCUGAUUCUCAAAUAUUUUAGGUUGUAAACAGCUGAUGAGAACCUGACGAAAUAAAAUGAAUUCAUAUUAUUCUGCACUAAUCUUUGUUCUUGCUCUCUUUAAGAUAAUAAAGGGAACUAUGUGUAUGAAACUUAUUAUGUAAUUGUUUUCCUUUGUACUAAUCAACUAUUCACUAGCAUGUUUAUUCACUAUAUUUAGGAAAAUAUAUGUCAAAUUAUUUCUUAAUGUUUAACUUGGUUUUGUAUUAUGACAGCUAAAUCUAUAAUUUUUAUUACCGAAAAAUCAUUAUAAUCUAAUAUCGUGAUAGUCCCAUAAGAGAUUUUCAUUGGGUACUUCAAAUACUUAUUAGUUAUUGCUAUCAACUUUAAUUUUUUAUCAUCCCGUUAAUACUUUAGCUUCCAAUCAUAAAGUUGUAUAUUUUAUAAAAAUGUUUAGUGCAAUUUUCUCCUA